AUGGAUGCACACUGCAUUGUUGCCACAUUAUUUUUAAAAAGUGAAGAAAUGGAACCUGCAAAUUACACCAGAGUGACAGAGUUUGUUCUCACUGGCCUAUCCCAGACUCGAGAGGUACAACUAGUCCUAUUUGUUAUAUUUCUAUCCUUCUAUUUGUUCAUCCUUCCAGGAAAUAUUCUUAUUAUUUGCACAAUCAGGCUUGACCCUCAUUUGACCUCACCCAUGUAUUUCCUGUUGGCUAAUCUGGCCUUCCUUGACAUUUGGUACUCCUCCAUCACAGCCCCUAAAAUGCUCAUAGACUUCUUUGUGGAAAGGAAGAGAAUUUCCUUUGGUGGGUGCAUUGCACAGCUCUUUUUCUUGCACUUUGUUGGAGCCUCAGAGAUGUUCCUGCUCACAGUAAUGGCGUUUGACCGCUAUGCUGCUAUCUGCCGUCCUCUCCACUAUGCUACUAUCAUGAAUCGACGUCUCUGCAGUAUCCUGGUGGUUCUCUCCUGGUUGGGGGGCUUUAUUCAUUCUAUAAUACAAGUGGCUCUCAUUGUUCGACUUCCGUUCUGUGGGCCCAAUGAGUUAGACAGUUACUUCUGUGACAUCACGCAGGUUAUCCGGAUUGCCUGUGCCAAUACCUUCCCGGAGGAAUUAGUGAUGAUUUUUAGCAGUGGUCUGAUCUCUGUGGUAUGUUUCAUUGCUCUCUUAAUGUCCUACGCCUUCCUCCUGGCCAUGCUUAAGAAACAUUCAGGCUCAGAUGAGAGUACCAGCCGGGCCAUGUCCACAUGCUAUUCCCACAUCACCAUUGUGGUAUUUAUGUUUGGGCCAUCCAUCUACAUUUAUGCUCGCCCAUUUGACUCUUUUUCCCUAGAUAAAGUGGUGUCAGUGUUCCAUACUGUGAUAUUCCCUUUACUUAAUCCCAUUAUCUAUACCUUGCGAAAUAAGGAAGUAAAGACAGCCAUGAGGAAGUUGGUCAACAGAUAUAUUUUAUGUAAAGAGAAGUGA